UGCAGGCCAUGUCACUGGUGGUAACAGACAGCGAUGGCGAGCAGAACGAGAUGAGGCAGUUACAGGACAAACUGGUAUCAACCAUGAAGGUGGUCACAACCCUGACCGCCCAGCUGACGGAGCUCAAAGAGCAGAUGACGGAGCAGAGGAAGAGGAGGCAGAGGAUGGGCUUUGUCGACGUCCAGGCCGGAGCGAGCGGCGCGGUGCCUCCCAGCGCCGCAGGAGGAAACCAUCAGAUCUACAAAACAUAAAGACACUCGACACAUUGGCACACAGACGGAUUUGAUGUUCACUACAUGGUCAUCUCUAGAUCUGUAAGCCAUCCAGCUGGACUGAUGGACACAAAGACAGAAACACUAGAACAGCUGAAGCACAUGCAGCUUUCACACAGUUUCAUAGCAGCAAAUAUCCAACAGAUUAAAGUUCUGAUUGUCAGCAGAUAAUAUCGAUGUUUUGCUGGUUGACAAUAAUAAUCGGAAUAGCUGAUCUGACUCUCUUAAACCUGCGGCUUCAUCCCUGCUCAGGUCACAGGACAAAUUUAGCCCUAAAUUUUCCCAUUCCAGGUGUUCUUCACGGCCCAGGUUAAAAAAAAUUAAAAUAAAGCAGCUAUGGUUUUCUUUGUGCAGCAGAAGUUUGGGGAUUCUUUCCACCUGGUCAAUUUUAAAUUAAGUGUAUUUUACUAAGCUUACUUCUUGUGGAAACAGCACAUAUUAAAGGUUUA